UACACCAUAAAGUAUAGGGAUAGUAAAGGUAAGGCUCCGUAUAGUAUACACAGGCAAGAGUUAGGAAUAAAGCAUCUGUUUUCAUCCCAGAAAAUGUAAGAUCCUAUGACGACGCCUGGUGGCGCUGCAGGAUAAGAAGGUACAAACGAGCACUGCAGCUACAGUUCCAUUAACAGGCAAAACUACGCAGCAGAACCUGGAAGCCCACGGGAAACUUGGAGGCCACGGGAGGGAGGGCUGGGAGGUCUGAGUCCUCUGAUAGGACCACUCACUGGAAUAUUUCCGAGGUAUCUUGGGAAAGAGCCACAAUCUUGGAUUCUGAAGUCUUUACAGUUCUGCAGAACCACCUUCCAGGGAGGCUUUACAAGACAAGAACAAUGGAGACCAGCGGGAAGCUCAUUUGCAGACAAAGGCAAGUCCUUUUAUUCUUUCUCCUACUGGGCUUAUCUCAGGCAGGUUUGGAACCUAGGCGCUAUUCUGUGGUGGAGGAAACUGAAGGAGGGUCCUUUGUGGCAAAUCUAGGAAAAGAUCUGGGGUUAGGAUUGACAGAGCUGUCCACCCGCGGAGCUCGGAUCAUUUCUCAAGGCAACAAAGAGUAUUUGCAGCUAAAGGUUCAGACUGGGGAUUUGCUCAUAAAUGAGAAACUAGAUCGAGAGGAGCUAUGCGGUCCAAUUGAGCCUUGCUUACUGUAUUUCCAAUUGUUAAUGGAAAAACCCUUAGAGAUAUUUCAGGCUGAACUGAGGGUGGAAGACAUAAAUGACCAUUCUCCUGUGUUCACUGAAAGAGAAAUGAUUCUAAAAAUACCGGAAAACAGUCCUUUAGGAAUUACAUUCCCUCUGAGUAAUGCUCUGGACUUGGAUGUAGGAAGCAACAGUGUUCAAAACUAUAAAAUCAGCCCCAACUCCCAUUUUGAGGUUCUAACCCGGAAACGCAGUGAUGGCAGAAUGUACCCUGAGCUGGUGUUGAAAGAAGAGCUGGACAGGGAGGAAGAGCCUGAAAUCGUAUUAACCUUGACAGUGCUGGAUGGCGGCUCUCCACCUCGGUAUGGGACAGCGCAGGUGCGUGUAGAAGUGGUGGACAGCAACGAUAACGCCCCUGAGUUUGGGCAGCCCAUCUACAAGGUGCAUAUUCCUGAGAACAGUCCUGUAGGCUCCCUGGUUGUCACUGUUUCUGCCAGCGAUUUAGACAGCGGAGCCUAUGGAAAAAUAUCCUACACACUCUUCCAGCCUUCAGAAGAUAUUAGCAAAACUUUGGAAGUAAAUCCUGUAACAGGAGAAAUUCGACUGCAAAAACAAGUAGAUUUUGAAACAGUUCUAUCUUAUGAAGUAGACAUCAAGGCUACUGAUGGGGGAGGUCUUUCAGGAAAAUGCACUCUUCUCCUCCAAGUGGUGGAUGUGAAUGAUAAUCCUCCAGAAGUGACCCUGUCUGCACUUACGAGCCCCAUCCCAGAGAACUCACCUGAGAUUGUAGUUGCUGUUUUCAGGGUUUCAGAUCCUGACUCUGGGGACAACGGGAAGACCAUUUCCUCCAUCCAGGAUGACCUUCCCUUUCUUCUAAAAGCUUCAGUCAAGAACUUUUACACCUUGGUAACAGAGAGAGCACUAGACAGAGAAGAAAGAGCCGAGUACAACAUCACCAUCACCGUCACCGACCUGGGGACCCCCAGGCUGAAAACUCAGCACAACCUAACGGUGACGGUGUCCGACGUCAACGACAACGCCCCGACCUUCAGCCAGACGUCCUACACCCUGCGCGUCCUCGAGAACAACAGCCCCGCGCUGCACAUCGGCAGCGUGAGCGCCACCGACAGAGACUCGGGCGCCAACGCCCAGGUCACCUACUCGCUGCUGCCGCCCCACGACCCGCAGCUGCCGCUGGGCUCGCUGGUGUCCAUCAACGCGGACAACGGGCAGCUGUUCGCGCUCAGGUCGCUGGAUUUCGAGGCGCUGCAGGCGUUCGAGUUCCGCGUGGGCGCGGCCGACCGCGGCUCGCCGGCGCUCAGCAGCCAGGCGCUGGUGCGCGUGCUGGUGGCGGACGCCAACGACAACGCGCCCUUCGUGCUGUACCCGCUGCAGAACGGCUCGGCGCCCUGCACCGAGCUGGUGCCGCGGGCGGCCGAGGCGGGCUACCUGGUGGCCAAGGUGGUGGCGGUGGACGGCGACUCGGGCCAGAACGCCUGGCUGUCGUACCAGCUGCUCAAGGCCACGGAGCCCGGGCUGUUCGGCGUGUGGGCGCACAACGGCGAGGUGCGCACGGCGCGGCCGCUGAGCGAGCGCGACGCCGUCCAGCACAGGCUGCUGGUGCUGGUCCGGGACCACGGCGAGCCGCCGCUGUCGGCCAGCGUCACGCUGCACGUGCUGCUGGUGGACGGCUUCUCGCAGCCCUACCUGCCGCUGCCGGACGCGGCGGCGGCCGAGGCCCGCGCCGACCCGCUCACCGUCUACCUGGUGGUGGCCUUGGCGUCCGUGUCGUCGCUCUUCCUGUUCUCGGUGCUGGUGUUCGUGGCGGUGCGGCUGUGCAGGAGGAGCCGGGCGGCGUCGGGGGGCGGCUGCUCGGUGCCCGAGGGUCCGUUUCCGGGCCACAUGGUGGACGUCAGCGGCGCGGGGACCCUGUCUCACAGCUACCAGUAUGACGUGUGUCUGAGGGGAGGCUCCGGAACCGGUGAAUUCAAGCUCCUCAAGCCCAUUAUCCCUAAUCUGCAGUUUCAGAGCACAGGAAGGGAAGUAGAAGAAAAUUCCUCCUUCCGAAAUAGUUUUGGGAUAUAAUUAUUUGCUGGGAACCUAUUUAAUACGCACAUUAACUUCUAAUAUUUUUUCUUGAUUAACUAAAUCGGUUAUGCUCACCACCACCAAUAAGGCGGUGUUUAAUUUUCUCUAUUUGGCUCAUCUUCAACUUCCAGUUUUAUGCCUACCUUCACAAAUUUCCUUUCCUUCAUAUUUUAGCCAUUGAAAUAUUUUUCAGUGGAAUCCCAAUAAGUGAAAUAGGCUCUACCAUCAAAGAUGGCAUCAUUAACAUUUUUCCACUUUAUAAAUAUCUUUAUUGACUUCGUACUUCUUUUUCAUUUUAGUUUUCCUAGAACUUGUUUAGUUAUUAAAAUAAUCUGCCUGUGAUCUAUGUAUUGUUUGGUAUUCUCUUUUCCUCUAAAACUUUUUUUUUUUUUUUUGGUUUAUCGACCUCAGUUUUUAUUACAGCAAAUUUUAAGACCUAUAUUAUUUUUUUAAGUUCUAUUUUCCCUGUAUUGGUACCUGCAUAUUUAAAAUAUUUCUGUUGUGUGAUAUGAUACAUAAACCUCUAAUAAGUCUUUUCUAAAAUAAGAAGAAUCACCUCUGUAAGAUAAUGAGUGUGUGUAUAUGUUUAAGUUUGGAGACAAAAAAGCAAAGUUUAGGUGUUCCAUAGCAUCGUGUAGAAAUAUUUAAUAUUUUUGUAGUUUUAAAUUCUGGAGGAAAAAUAUCAGGGAUCCAUGUUAAGUUUUUAAUGGCUAACAACAGAGUCCCAUUCAGUUGGAAAAAAAACAAUAAGUCAUCAGAGUUUUGUAUGGCGUGGCUUUUAUGUUCAGCAAUUAGAGAUUUUGGCAGUAUUUAGCCCUUUCCCUGUACAAUAUCCCUUAAUUUAAGCUGUAUCCCUAGCUUAUGGGAAAAAUAGAGCUUCUUUCUAGAUAUUAGGCCUUUGAAUAAAAUUCUCUAUGAGGCAGAUGUUACCCUGCUGUUCUUUCAGUAGUGUUCAGAUAGGUGUUAGGGUGGUUUCUUUUUCUCCUCCCUUAUAUUUGGCACAAAGAAAUUAGAUCCCACCAGAUUUUAAUUAAGAGGGUCCUUAAAAUAAAGAUCAGUCCUUCUUUAAUUCUGUAAGUAAUUUUAAAGCUAAUACCAGAAAAACAAAGACAUAUAAAAGAAAGGAAACAGAAAUUGCUAAGAAUGAGUGAAAGAAUAGUUUUCAAAUGGUUAGGAUUUAAGGCACUGAAAGUUGUUUCAUAG